CCUGAACCUCUUUUGCACAUUGGGCCUAAGACCGAGCGUUCACUCGUAUGCAAACUUGAUUUUCUCUUCCUCCCAAUUAUUGGCCUGGCCUACUUCCCGCACACGCUCGACCACGUCAAUCUCGGAAAUACCAAAACAGACGGCAUCGAAAAAGAUAUCGGCCUCAAAUCCGGCCAAUACUCCCUAGUCCUAACUUAUUUCUAUAUCCCCUACGCACUCUUCGCCAUCCCGCUCUCCCUAUUCGCCAAGAAGUUCCAUCCUAGCAGUGUCAUUCCGGUUCUCAUGUUUAUCUGGGGGCCAUGACGACUGGUGCUGCUUUCGCUAAAGGGUAUUCGGACUUGAUUAAUUUUAGGAUCUUUAUUGGGACCGCCGAGGCAGGGUUCAAGCCUGGUAUUAAGUAUCAUUUUGCUAGGUUUUAUACAAGGAAGGAGGUGGGGGUUGAGAAUGUCGGAUUGAGGAGUUACUGUGUUUAUUGUCAUGAGCAGAUAUCACUUUUCUCAAGGAAGCGAACCUAAGUAACACUCACUUUUGGAAGAGUGCAGUCAGUGGCCUCAUCUCGUGGGACGUCCUUCAGUGGACCGGGAAACCACUCUGGGUAAGUCAAAUUUUGAUCCAGAUAACUGUUGGAUUCUAAAUGACUUUU